AUGGAAGCUCAGCUCCCAAUCCAACUGGCCGCAAACGAGCCCGAUCCACCUCUAGAUCCGACUGCGAGACUGUUUGGUAUCGAAAGAAUGAAGACUGUCAGGCAGAAAAAUACCUCAUUUCCCCAAACAAAAGGAAAGAAAGCUAUUCCCACCGCUUCUACAGCCACCUCAGGAACUUCCAACCAAGCCGAAAGCGUCGCUCCUUCGGUACCAAGCCAAGGCCCUUCCGCUAACCUGCGCCAAGACUCUGACGAUGAGAACGCUAGGAUUCGUAAAAAAUCUAAGACUUCUCAAUCAAAGACUUCUCAACCCACUGGCGACAAGCAGGACGUCUAUGAUGAUGUUGAAUUAUACUAUGGUGAACCAACUUGUGGUCCAGAUGAUUUUAGCUGA